AUAAUAAUAAUAAUAAACUGCAUUUGCAUAUCAUUUCAUAUAAAUAAUAAAUCAUAAUUUUAAAAUCUGUAAGGCCAAAAUCAUGAGUGUCGUGAAGAAACUACGCGGCUGCGAUGUGCUUUGGAAGAUGUAUGGUUUGGGUAAUGGUGCUGGAGAGUGAUCCGGUGUUAUCUGGAAUAAAGAGAAGAGCGAGUGAGAUGGAGGCGGGGGGAUGUUUCCAUCUCUGCGGGGACUGAAGUGUUCAUGCCCAGGGCCAGCGCUGCAGAUCUGGCUAACAUUCAACCCAGCCCUCCACAACAAGCGUGCAACAACAACAAAAAAGCAGACUGUAUUCGAAGACGAUUCUCUGAAGUCGCCAUACCCGCCUGAGAGCCGCCUCUUCCCGGAUUUACUCUCCUACUUACCAACCAUAUUGUCUGGACGAAUUUAAAAGGUAAUAACGUGUAACUUUAAUUUAAAAACUAGAAUUACGUGUUAGCGCCUUUUGAGAGAGUAAAAUGCACUUUGUUGUUUAAAACCUUUUUUUCAAGCGUUGUUUUGGUCGUAUCGCCUCUUUGGGAUUCUUUAGAGGUCACCACGCCGCUUGUCUGGUUUUGGUUAGCCAUCUCAGUUUCAGUUUUUUCAGAAUUGCAGCUGUCUUUUCUUUUUUAGAUUCUUCACCUUGUUAAAGCUAAAGCAACAUUAAAUGAACCACAAAGAAACGGUGUCCAUUUUUUUUAUAGAUAGAAAGUGGCUACAUUGUUAACAGAUAUCCAGGGGAGUUGCAUAAACACACCCGAGAUGAAAGCAAAGUACCUUGGAUACACAGUGUCGAUUCUUACCCUUUUAAACCGCUGAUGGUGAUGCUUCAGUAGUCAGGGUGAAUUUAGGUAAUAUCGGUUUAAUGGAGCUCGCUUAUGGGAAAAUUAUCAUUUUUUUUUUAAAUCCUUGUUGGAGGCUGUAUAUUUGCAAAUCAACAUAUUUAGUUAACUAUUCCUUUCUUACACUUCCCCCGAUUGAGGGGAAAAUGCGGUUAUUAUGGGGUUUAAAAAACCCAGAAGGUACUGUAUUUUAAAGCCAGUCACAAACUCUACAACAUAUAUAUGGUUUGUCUUUUUUGUUGCCCGUAUUAACACUAGACUAAAUAGGGGGAUAAAGCACUUAAAAAUGUCUAAAACGGUCUGAUUUAAUUUUGUUUAAGACGACGAAUUCUCGGUCGUUCACAGAACCUAACUGGUUGAGCAGCCCUGCUGUUGCUGCAACAGCCGCCAUUUCAGGAUUGAGAUUCUGAAACUCCUGGGUGUAGAAAAAACAAAACAAAAAAAAAAAAAACCUUUCACGGUUAUUUUUAUUUUCCGUAACCAAAUUGGAAAGUGUUUUGUCAGUUGGCUUUAAAAACUGUAACUCCCUUUUACACAGGAUAUAUCCAGAUGCAUAGCUUGUAUGUUAAUCAUAUUAGCGCAUUUCAUUUGGAAAAUGUCGCACAGACGUGAAGAUGGGGGAGUAGGCAGCAGCUGGUUCCGCAUGCUAAGGGUGAUAGCUCAGGCGAGUCGAGCGGUUUGCAGUCAGCCAGGCUUCAUUUCCCCUCAACAGCAGGGGCUGAGACGAGAUCUUCCGUGAUCACCUGGUGUUCACCGCGGCAGCCUGUCAGCGUUGCUUUUUUCCCCUCCUCUUGCACACAGUGUCCAUGUUUGUUGAGCCCGCAGCAUCGGAAGGCGUUAGUUGCCUGUACUUGUUCGGAGAGAGACAGAUUAUACAAAGCAUUUAGGAAGGUAGUUGCGUUUCGCAGUGCUGAUCGACUGCUGCGUUAACAUUGAGGUCUGAAGCCGUCACUAGUCUAUAAAUAAACGUGUCUUCCAAUGCAAUGCAAACGCUUGGAGGGGCGGUGUAGUGCAGCGCAUUUAAAACAUAUUGAUGGGGCCUCGAGUUUUUGGGCAAAGACCAUUCUGCAGAACAGAGGAGCAGUAAACUGAGACCUAGCCAGGUGCGCUACACCCGAGUAUGAACGGAACUAUGGAGUUGUCUGAUGAAGUCAUUGCUGUCAAGGAAAAAGCUUCAGAAAACUGGCCCAAAGAGGACUUGCUGGGCUUGCUGGAGAGCAUGAGAAUCAACCUUCCCCAGAAUGACCUGACCAAAUUCAAAACUGCAGAGUCGCAUCUGGACUGGGGCAAGGUGGCGUUCAACCAGUACACAGCAGACAUGUGCAAAGAGAAGUGGCUCGAGAUUUCUCAAGAGGUGCGGAAGUUCCGCACACUGUCCGAAGUCAUCUUGGACGCUCAGGAUCAUGUGAAGAACCCCUACAAGGGCAAGAAGCUCAAGAAACACCCUGAUUUCCCGAAGAAGCCCCUGACUCCCUACUUCCGCUUCUUCAUGGAGAAAAGAGCCAAGUAUGCCAAACUGCACCCAGAGAUGAGCAACCUGGACCUCACCAAGAUCCUGUCCGUAAAGUACAAGGAGCUACCAGACAAGAAAAAGAUGAAGUACAUGCAGGACUUUCAGAGGGAGAAGGAAGAGUUUGAACGCAAUAUGGCAAGAUUUAGGCAGGAGCACCCUGACCUGAUCGAGAACUUUAAACGCUCGGAUGUCCCGGAGAAACCCAAAACACCCCAGCAGCUCUGGUACUGUCACGAGAGGAAGAUCCACUUAAAAACACACCCUGAUGCCACAACCAAGGAUAUCAAAGAAGGCCUGGGCAAGCAGUGGUCCCAGCUGCCUGACAAGAAGAGGCUGAAGUGGAUCACAAAGUCUCUGGAGCAACAGAAGCAGUAUGGGGAGAUGAUGCGAGGGUACAUCCAGCAGCACCCUGAACUCAACAUGACCCAGGAGGGGAUCACCAAGUCCACCCUGACUAAAGCUGAGCGGCAGCUGAAGGACAAGUUCGAUGGCAGACCCACCAAGCCCCCUCCGAACGGCUACUCCCUGUACUGUGCCGAGCUCAUGUCCAACAUGAAGGACGUCCCCAGCACAGAGCGCAUGGUGAUGUGCAGCCGACAGUGGAAGCUGCUGACCCAGAAUGAGAAGGACAGCUUUCAGAAGCGCUGCGAGCAGAGAAAGAAAGCAUAUGAAAUUGAGAUGAACCGGUUCUUAUGUAGUCUCUCCGAGGAGGAGCAGCAGCGUGUGUUGGGAGAGGAGAAGAUGCAGGGCUUCAACAGGAAAGGAGCUGGUAACGCUCCCUCCAAGAAAAACUCCACCUUCAAGGUGGGCUCAGACAAACCCAAGCGACCGAUCUCCGCCAUGUUCAUCUUCUCUGAGGAGAAGCGUCACAAGCUGCAGGAGGAGCAUCCCGAGCUGGCAGAAAGCCAGCUGACACGGCUGCUGGCCCGCAGGUGGAACGACCUAUCUGACAAGAAGAAGGAGAAGUACAAGCGUUUGGAGGCUGCGGUGAAAGCGGAUUCAGAGAAGAAAGAGCUGGAGGAGCGUGGGCACCUGCCGGAGUCUCCCAAAACAGCAGAGGACAUCUGGCAGCAGAGCGUCAUCGGGGAUUACCUGGCCAGGUACCGGAAUGACCGUGCCAAAGCACUGCAAGCCAUGGAGGCCACUUGGAAGACCAUGGAGAAGAAGGAGAAGAUCAUGUGGAUCAAGAAGGCAGCUGAGGAUCAAAAGAGAUACGAGAGGGAGCUGAGUGAGAUGCGCGCCCCUGCCACAGUGACAGGCACUAGCAAGAAGAUGAAGUUUGAAGGAGAGCCUAAGAAGCCGCCCAUGAACGGGUAUCAGAAGUUCUCUCAGGAGCUGCUGUCGAACGGGGAGCUGAACCAGCUUCCCCUGAAGGAGCGCAUGGUGGAGAUUGGGGGGCGCUGGCAGAAGCUCACGCAGGCUCACAAGGACCGCUACAAGAAGAUGGCAGAGGAGAAGCAGAAACAGUAUAAAGUGCAGCUGGAGCACUGGCUGAAGAGCCUGUCCUCACAAGAUAGAGCGAUAUACAAAGAGUACACAUCAAAUAAACGCAAAAGCACUUCAAAACCAAGGGGAACAAUUGCCAAGGUGAAGGCUGUCGUGGCCAGGAAAUCUGACACAGAGGAGGAGGAGGAUGAGGAGGAUGAGGAGGAAGAGGAAAAAGAGAAAGCUGAAUCUUCAGAGGAAGACUCCUCCAGCGAUGAGGAGAGCGAGGGGGAGGAGAAUGAAGAGGAGGAGGAAGGUGACGAGGAGGCCGACGACAAGGAGAACGAGUCCGAGAGCAGCAGCAGCUCCUCCAGCUCCGAGGAGACCUCGGACUCCGACUCGGACUGAGCCCCGAGACCCCAUCCCAAAACCAGCUCCCUCUUCAAACUGCUUCAACUGCACUUGAGUUUUAAAAAGAGAGGAGGUGGGACGCCAUUCACCGUGUGUGAGCUGGAACAGACUCCUUAACCAAAAGCCUGUCCAGCAUGGAUGCAACCUUGGCACGCUGGUUAACUAGAAAACUGCCCCUUUCCCAAUCCCCAGCCAUUAUUUUAAACCUUCCCUGAGCCCAUAAAAAAACACCCUUCUCCCUCCACACCCCUUCCAUACUAGAUGGUUUAAAAAAAUAAAUAAAACCAAAAACACCACUCAAAUAUGCUGAAUGACAAAAAAUAAAAAAAAUGUACGUCUCCUCAGACUAGCGGAUUCAGCUCUGGACUGUCAAUCAUGAAGAUGCUUUUACCACUUGAUUCCAAUUGGAGAAUUUGGGAGGGAGGGGUGGUAGGGUUACUCAGAUAUUUAGGUACUGACUAAAUCUAGUACCACGGAAUGGCCAGCAGGAGUCACUGGACACAGAAAGCCGAAUUAACAAUCAACUGAUGUAUUCUAAACAGGUUAAAUUCCCUGACAGUGAAUCUGAGAAUUAAUAAACAGGACAGAGGACCACAGACCUGUAUUUUUUUUGAGUUUAGACUAAAGAAAAAGUGUAUAGUCAACAGGGACUUUUUUAUUUUUAUAUUUUAAUUUAAUUGUUUAAUUUCAGGAAUACUAAAGCCAUGUUUAGUGUGUAGUUCAAAUAAAGGCAGACGGUUUGCUUGUAA